UCAACACACUUACUUUGAACCGCGAGUUUCAGAACAACUUAAGAGUUACGAGUAGCGUCAUUUAUUAGAGUAGCAACCUCCUCGUGGAAGUUUGAAUGAGAUUUGCAGCAUUUCAGGGUUACGUGUUGCUUUGGAAAAAACACAAAUGAUUUUUAUUCAUUCAGUUAUAACGUAAAUACCCUGAAACUUCGAGAUGAAAAUCUCAAUCGUUAUUCUUUUAAUCUACGUCAUCACUUUAUCCUGGUGUCAAGAUGAAACCGUGUUUCACUGCUCAGACAAGCGCAUUGAUGAAAAUCUGAAUGACAAAGAGUUCCCGAUUACAUGCAAAUCUAUGAACGCUACUGAAUCAAGGAAUACUCGCAACUUGCUUCCUGUCGUAACUCAAAAUAGUUUAGAAAUUAGCGAGAAUCGUAACGAGAUCGCAGAGCAAACAAACGAAAUAAAUGAUUUCCGUGAUAGCACUCUUCAACAGUCUCGUCAAAUUGACAAUCUACUGAAGGAAAACACAGAACAAAACUCUGAAAUCAGGGACUUGAGGAAAGAUUUGGUCGGACUUGAAACAAUGAACAGAAAACUUCUGGAAGAAUUGGGCGAACAAAAGCAAACAAACAAUGAGAUGAAGAAAGCACUGAAUCGGAUUGAAGAAAAACUCUCUGCAAUGGAGAAGCCUCAACAGGUUCAAUCUGGAAACCAACAGAGACCGACGACAACAACCAAAACAACUCUGAAACCGACCCCUUCCCUAGAAAACUGCAAAUUGAAGAUCAGCAAUGUUUGUUAUUUCGCUGUGAUAUUUGCUGAAGAUGAUGUCAACUACAACAAAGCAGUUGAUAUUUGUAAGAAACGUAACGCAGAUGUUGGUUUGAUUCGAGAUGAAGAAUCUUACAAUGCGGUUAUGAAUUACUUGAGAAGUAAUAUUCCAAAGGGAAGGUCGUGGAUUCUUAUCUGGACAGGAAUCUACUUUGAUCCAAAGACGGAUGACGUCACACCUGCAGAUUCAUUCAUUAACUGGUAUCCAUCUGCUCCACUCCACGGCAUGAGUAGCACAACUGUUUAUCUCAAUGUUGAUUCCAAACCAUCUGAAAGUUGGCAAGGAAUGGUGAAUGCUUCUCCUACUUUGAAUCUAAACGGAGUUAUUUGUGAAAUCCUGAUCUAAUGAAAUGUCUGCUUGGUUGUAUUCUGUUCUUCGGGAUCUAUCAUCAGAUAGAUAUAUAUCAUUGAUUACAUUACUAAUUUGAAAAUUUAACGAUUGUCGAAUGUUCAUUUAUAAAAAAAAUUAAAAAUUCAUUUUUAAAUUUCAUAUUGUUUUGUCGAUUCAACUACAUAUUUUUAUCUCAUGUUGAUAAUAACCAAUCUUGAGUAACGUCCUAUUUUGUCAAAACAUGUAGUGUGCUAUCCUUGUGUAAUAAAGAAGUGU